CGAGACCAAUCAUGGCGGGACAUUCGCAGUCGUUUCAAUGCUCACUGCAAAUUAUUCGUAAGUUCCCGCUGAGAAGAUACGCUUCCUACGUCCCGGACGAAAAAAGCGGCCCUCCGAGUGACAAGGGAAGUUGGAAGGUAUUUGUCAGCACUACUGACAACCCGCUCCUACUGUACAUCACGGAUACUGACAUGAUGGUUGUCAAUCAAGGAUCUAUCAGCCACGAAUGUGUAUUUCUGCUAAACUCAAAGGACUGGGUCCGUGGAGUCAUGAAAGGCGACAGCAUCCUCCUCCUGUCUCGCUUUCACGGCAACAAUGAACGGAGGUUCAGAGUGGAGUUCGACAGGUUCGCCGACAAGACUGGAGCAGAACAGUGCCAGCUUUGCACAGACUUGCUGUCACAAUACUUUCAGUUUCAAGAACGCUCUGAAGUUGCAAGGAACACAGGCAUCAACUCAAACGACUUCUUCAAGCAACAGUUUGAAUCACCCGAAGUACUACGUGAAAUCGUCAAGGCCUGCCUACAAGAUCCUUCAUUCCCAAACUUUGUUAAGCAAGUAGACGACACCUUGCAAAGCUUGCUAAGUAAGCCGUAGACUGCCACAUUAUAUGUAC